UAUUGCAAAAUGUGAACCGAAAUUUAUUGUAAUCAAAUAAGAUACUUCUAUACAAUAUUUAGUGAAGAUAGCUUUAAUGUUCCCAACACAUUAAUAUCCCUUGAAGGGAGAUACAUGUAUACAAAACAGUCUUCAAAUUAUUGAAAAACUCAAGCCUAUAUGAAACUUAUAAUGCAAAUAUUUCGGGCGUUCGUAAUGAGGCUUACGUCGCAAGAAACUAUUAGGGCUUGGAUAUUAUCAGCGCUUAUGGUACACGGAGCGGUUGCUGGAAAUCCAGAUGCCAAGCGACUCUACGAUGACCUCCUGAGUAAUUAUAAUAAAUUGGUACGGCCAGUUGUUAAUACCACAGAUGUUCUUAAAGUUUGCAUAAAGCUUAAGCUGUCCCAACUUAUUGACGUGAAUCUUAAGAACCAAAUAAUGACUACUAAUCUAUGGGUUGAGCAGUCCUGGUAUGACUAUAAAUUAAGAUGGGAGCCCAAGGAGUACGGAGGAGUUCAUAUGUUACAUGUACCUUCCGAUCAUAUUUGGCGACCGGAUAUAGUGCUUUAUAACAAUGCCGAUGGUAACUUCGAAGUGACUCUUGCAACAAAAGCCACAAUUUACUCUGAAGGAUUAGUUGAAUGGAAGCCACCAGCUAUAUACAAGUCGUCGUGUGAGAUAGACGUAGAAUAUUUCCCAUUUGAUGAACAAACAUGUGUUUUAAAAUUUGGCAGUUGGACCUAUGAUGGGUUUAAGGUGGACUUAAGGCACAUGGAUGAGCAACAGGGCAGUAAUAUCGUUGAUGUUGGCGUUGAUUUAUCAGAGUUUUAUAUGUCCGUUGAAUGGGAUAUUCUUGAGGUACCGGCAGUUAGGAAUGAAAAAUUCUACACUUGCUGUGAUGAGCCAUAUUUGGACAUAACAUUCAAUAUAACGAUGCGCAGGAAGACGUUGUUCUACACAGUCAACAUAAUUAUUCCUUGUAUGGGUAUAUCAUUUUUAACGGUACUUACUUUCUACUUGCCUUCAGAUAGCGGAGAAAAGGUUACUCUAUCAAUUUCAAUUCUUAUCAGUCUCCAUGUGUUUUUUUUACUGGUCGUAGAAAUCAUUCCACCAACCUCUUUGGUUGUGCCAUUAUUGGGUAAAUACCUAAUAUUCGCUAUGAUAUUGGUUUCAAUAAGUAUCUGCGUUACCGUUGUUGUGCUCAAUGUACAUUUUCGUUCUCCUCAAACCCAUAGAAUGGCUCCUUGGGUUAAACGAGUGUUUAUAAACUUUUUACCAAAAUUUUUAUUUAUAAAGCGACCAACGUACAAUUUUGAAACCAGUAAAUUACUUUUGAAGGAUACUCACGCCUGCUUCUAUCCUUACUAUUCAUCAACCAAUAUCGAUCGAUUAGUCAAUUCUGGAUAUAGUCACACACCAUCAAAAGAAGAGUUAACUUCACAAAGCCUUACUAGCACAGGUCCUUUUGGAGGAAGUUGCCAAGUUCAUGGACCGUUGCCUCAGCUUACACAUUCAAGUUCUGAUGAUUUAACAGCGGUCCCAGACUUAGAUAUGGGAAAUUCUGGAAUAAAAAGCCCUAUAUUGAACAACCCAGCGUUUUCUCAUUCUAAAUGCCCUCCUAGAGUUCACCGUAGCUGCUUUUGUGUACGUUUUAUAGCCGAACAUACCAAAAUGCAGGAGGAUUCAACAAAAGUAAAAGAAGAUUGGAAAUAUGUUGCAAUGGUAUUGGAUAGGCUCUUUCUCUGGAUAUUUACGUUAGCAGUACUGGCAGGUACAGCUGGAAUUAUUCUUCAAGCUCCAACUUUAUAUGACGAUCGGAUUCCUAUAAUCGAGCAAAAGGAUUCGCAGUUUUCUGGAACGUCUGCUGGUCGCUGUAGACCUCCGCAAUAGCGUUAUAAUUCAAAAUCAGCGCAAUAUUUAUAAAGCUGACAUUAUUUAAGUUAAUUUCAGUGAAUAGAUGGCAAGUUUAUGAUAAUGUUUUUAUUGGAUUGUGGAUUAUCAUAAGAGUUGUUAAACUCUAACUUUGGGUAACACGAUAUUUGAUUUGACCAAAUCGCGAAAUGAAAAAUAAGUCUAUAAUAAAGGUUAACAUUGUAAAAAAUUAUUGAAUUUAAAAAUAAUAAGCUUAA